GAUUUUUAUGCGCUUCUGGGUGUUGAAAAGGGCGCAUCUGUUAAAGAAAUUAGAAAAGCAUUUAAACGUAUGGCAAUUUCGAAGCAUCCUGAUAAAAAUACAGUAAGUGCAAAUAUUUUAACAGCAGUUCAUUUAGACGUUUAUUGUAAAUUUCUAAAACCCCAUUCAUUCUUUAGAUAAUUUAGGCCAGGGGUGGCCAAGCCACAUGCAGCCCACCUUUUUAAAUAUGGUGUCAGCACAAGCUGAUUUAUCACAAAUAAACUUAUUUGUUCUUUAAUCAAUGGACAAAGAAAUAAUUUUUAAAUAGAUAAUUGCAAGAAAAGGUAUCACAUUAGUUUAUUUUUAUUUUUGUUCCUUACUUAGCAUUUCAUUACAUCGGUGUGCAUUAAGAUUAGUUAACAAUUAUAUACAUCAUUUAGUGGUGUUAAUUAUAAUAUAAGGUGUAAUUAUAUGUAGUCCACAAAUGGUUUUCCCAGUAUCUACGCCUGAUUUAGACAAUUUAGUAACAUCAAUGACUCUUUUAAAAAAUUGACUUCAAUUUUCUUAUUGCUCGAGGACUAAUGCAAAAGUUUUACCAAAUUAUAUUUAUACUUAUUUUAUUUUAAAUGUAUAUUUUUUAAUCUAUCAGGAUGAUCCUAAAGCACAUGAUAAUUUCAUAAAAAUAAACCGGGCCUACGAGGUUCUUAAAGAUGAGGAUCUUCGGAAGAAGUACGAUCAGUUUGGAGAGGAGGGAUUAAAGGAUGAUUUUCAAAGAGGCAGACAGUAUGAAAGCUGGCAAUGGUAUCAACAGAAUUUUGGUAAGUUGUACAUUGUUAGGAUCAUCAUAUAAGAAACAAUUUUUAGAGAAACAUUCAAAAACAAUAUAUUUUCAAAUAAACAUUCAGUCCCGGUGAAUUACUUUCAUACAAUAUUUUUCCUGGUUCCCUAAGAUAUUAAUAGAAGUGGAGUGUAGUUUAAAAUCGGGGGCACAAGAAUAUUAAGCAGAUUAGCUUAAAUGUUUAGUAUUUAGAUAUGGUGAUGAGAAAUUUUCAACACUGCUGUCUAAUACAAUAUUAAUUUUUUUUUAUAACUUAUGGUUUCUAUCUUAAAAGCUGUCUUUGUUACCAGGUAUUUAUGAUGACGAUCCAGAAGUUAUAACAUUGAGCAGGGCUGACUUCGGUAAGAACAUUCAUAGUAAAUGAUAGCAUCAAUUUAUCUUUUGAACUGAUAAGUAAGAGUUUGCAAGGAUGUUAGAUUAGCUUCAAAGCCUUGCUUUAAAAACAAAAUCUUAUUGUGAUUUCUUAGUGUCAUUAUUUUUGUAUAGGAUUAAACCCAAGAUUAAAGAAUAGAUCAGUGUUUCUCAAAAUUUUUAGAUUACGGAGCAGUGUACAAAUUCACAAUGCAACAAGGACUGGUGCUAGAUGUAAUUAAUUUUUUUUCGUCUAUGUAAUCUGUGAUUAGACAAUUUGAGCAAGCUAUUAACUGUUACUAUUUAUUGCUGGCCGUUUUGUGUUAUGUUUUUUUUUAAAAAUAUAAUUUUAAAACUGUAUACACAUAUUUCUUAGUCUUAAUAGGGAAUUUAAGACAUAAAUUGUUAAAGAAAAAAUGAUCAGGCUGUGAACGGGUGGAUGUCAUUUGCUAUGCACAAAAUAAUGGUAGCUUUGAAACAAAACAUUGAAAUUAUUUUUUCUACUUCAAAUUUCUUUACUCAUAUUGUGCGCAUGGCCUACGUAAAGCUUGCAGACUGGCACCAGUAAUAUCAAAACUAAUAGUUAGCUGCAAUUUAUUUUAAUUCUAUCAUCAUUUCAUUUUUCAAAUAAAUAAUUUCCAGAACAAUCUGUUGAAGGCAGUGGAGAGGCCUGGUUUAUUAACUUCUAUUCUCCUCAUUGCUCACAUUGUCAUGAGCUGGCUCCCACGGCAAGUUUCACAACUUGAUAUAUUACUUACUGCCUUAAACUUGCAAGGCGUAAUACUCUUUACAUUCAAUUGUUAAACCUGCACUUAAAAUGACAUUUUUUUAAUUAAAAAGUAAAAAGAUUUGAAAAUAGAAUUGAUCAGAUUUAACUUUAACCAAAGUUGGACUCUUCCAUUGAUCAUGGCUUGCCCCUUCCCCACAGUGGCGUGAAGUGGCCAGGGAGUUGGAAGGUGUCAUACGAAUUGGAGCUGUCAACUGUGAAGAUGAUUAUCAGCUGUGCCGUGUGCAAAGAGUCCAUUCCUAUCCAUCUCUUUACUUCUACCCUGAGGUAUAUGAACAUGUUCAAAUUAUUUAUUUUUAUCAACAGGGGAGCUUUGAAAUUAUUUUCUCCCUGUCUAUUGUUUAAUGUUGGACAGGGCUUAAAGGCCUUAUCCUACAAAACAAUGCUAGUUAUGAAACGUGCUAGGACAGGGUUUAAAGGCCUUAUCUUACUAAACAAUGUUAGUUUCAAAACGUUGAGAUACCACUGCUUUUUCUUAAGAUCUGGUUUAAAAAAAUCAUUUCUACACUAAUAAAAACUUUAUGGCCCAAGUUCAAAUCAAUAUUUAAUCAUUUGAAUUCAGACAGCUAAAAUGUUCUUGUGAUAUGUUCAUACCAGUUAACCAGUCUUUAAUAUUCUCAUUAUACCUGUGUCAUUUAUUUAGCUUAUAAAAAAAUAUCCUGAAUUGUUCAGUAUGAGAUUUGUAUUGCCCUGCACUGCGCAGGUGAUAUUGUUUAGAUUUGAUGUGUCAUUAUCCAACACUUGAAAACUAAGUAGGAUGCCACCUGUCUUCAAUUGAGGCAGGACAUUUUUAUUAGUAUUAGUAGUCUUUAGUAAAUAUUAGUUGUUCAUUUUUAAACUCACAAAAUAUUUUUAGCCUGAUCAAGCCACCAUCAGUGCAUUUCAUAUAAAAAAAAAUUUUUAAGCAAACUUUUUGACCAGAGCAUCAAUUGCUGGUAAAUUAUGUUAAUUGGGAAUGUGCAUUUACACUCAAUAAAUAUGACCGUUUCAUAAGACAUUUCAAUUAUUUCACAUUACAAAAUGAUUAAAAUUUAAUGAAUAAAUAUUUAAAAAGAAUGGUACGGUAGGUCAAAUGUUGAUCCACAUCUCUGUUUGGAAAUGAUAUUGUGAGCUUAAAUAAGUGAUUUUGUCCUAGACAUUUUUGGUGCUACAUUCAGUUUGAAAUGUCAUCUAGCUGCAUGACACCAUUUUACAAAAUGUCACUGGUUCAAACACACUGUCAGUCUUGUUUUGUGUCAUAUCUAUUUAUAUACAAGAUGUAUUGAUUUUGUUUUUGGGUUGUGGUUUUUUUCAGAGGGAGAAGUACCAAGGACAGCGCACUACAAGUAUACUGGUUGAGGAAGCACUGCGCAGGGUCAAGGCAGACUACUUUAGAAUACAAGCCAAAAAUUUCCAGUCCAUGGUCACAAAUAUUGAAAAUGGCUUGCCUUGGCUCCUUACGUUCUGUGGUGAUGAAGGGGGUGAGCUGAUAUAUUAUUUGUAGUUCUGUAUUGCUGGAGUAUAAAAGACAGAGCUCCAAACAUUUGUAGGGGGGGGGGGGGGGGUGUGUGUUUUGUAGCAUGCCUGAAAAAAUAUUAUUUUUAGAUUUAAUUCAUGUUUGACAGUCUAUAAGAAAUUAUAUUUAAGUAACAUGUUGAGAAAAUCAAUAACAACUGUCUGGUUUUUUUAAUAGAGGAGUAACCGAUGUAUAGAUUAUUUGAUGCUAUUCAGCAGCAGUUUUCAACCUUUAUAUUUCUUAAAUCUUAGGACACACUAAACCUAAUUGUUAAAAGACACAUUAAUUUAGCAUUUUUAAAAGCUUUAGCCGUCUUUGUGAGGAACUUAGUCCAAAAACUAGUAUUUUGUAAAAUUACAUAUGCUAAGAAUAAAGUGAUUAUUUUAUAUAGGUUCCAUCUCAUUUUCUUAGUUAGUAAGGAAAAUACCCAAGAAUUCUCUUUUUUUUUUUUCAUUGAUUUUAUUCCUUUAAAUCAAAAUCUUUCAAGCCACAUGUGUGCCAUGACGCACCAUUUGAAAAUCUGCUGAUAUACAGGUGUACUUUUAUUCUAAAAUCUGAUGGGUUUUUGCUCACCUUCUAUAUUUAGAUUGCCUGGAAAAGAAAACUUUGGUGAAGAUUUCAGCCAUGCUGGUAAGCAUUUUAUUUAUACUAAUCACCAAUACAUGUCUUGAAGUAUGGGUUAUAUGGCACUUAAGUUCUACUGUUAUGUUGUUCUAAUUGAGCUGAAUGGUGUGCAAUUCACCCCUCUCUCCACUAAAAUAAAACCCUUCUCCCAUUUCUAUUUUUUAAAUUAAAAUGUUCAAAUUAAAAUUUUUGUUGAAUGGCAGAUUCUUUAAAAUAUUUUUUGUUAUUAACAUCUGAUGUGCAGGCUGACCUAGUUAAUGUUGGAAAAAUCAGCUGCCAUGCAAAUGAACAACUGUGCGUAAAACUGGGUCAAACUCAUGGCACAUUUUACUAUGGGAAUGAGAAGGUUGACAAGGAGAGUGCAAUGGUAAUGUACAUUUCAAAUGUUUGUCAGUGACAUUGUAUCAUCUUAAAACUGAUGACUUCUGUAUUGUAAGAUGGUUGACAAGAACAGAGCAGUGGUAAUAUACAUUUCAUAUGGUAGUCAAUGACAUUAUGUCAUAUUAAAACUGAUGACUUCUGUAUUGUAAGAUGGUUGACAAGGACAGAGCAGUGGUAAUAUACAUUUCAUAUGGUAGUCAAUGACAUUAUGUCAUCUUAAAACAGAUGACUUCCAUAUUGUAAGACGGUUGACAAGGACAGAGCAGUGGUAAUAUACAUUUCAUAGGGUAGUCAAUGACAUUAUGUCAUCUUAAAACUGAUGACCUGCAUAUUUUAGGGGUCCAGUAUUAACUUAAGAUUAAACAUUGUUUUUGUGUGAAGAUAUUACAAUCUCCCUAGUUCUGAAUGGUGUCAGUCGUAAAUUGUCUUCACCUUCCAAAUAAAUUUUUUUUUUUAAAUGUUCAAAAUUUUAUUUUUAAAAAAAACAAUGAUGGAUUUUUAUGGUUGUUUAUGAUUUCAUUAUUUUUAAUGUUUUUAUGAUUUCAUUAUUUUUAAUGUUAAUAACAAAAUUUGGUUCAUUUUAUGAAAUACAAUUUUUAUUUUACCUUUGGGCAGGAAAUUGAUAGCCUUUAUGCCAAGGACAUUGCAAGGACAGUCUUGCAGCAACUGCCAGAUGUUGAGCUGAUUGGCCAAGAUAAUUUGGAGGUGAAAGUCUUUAUAAAACAGAUUUUAAAUGUAUCCAUUGGUUUUAAAGCUGUCACAAUAUUCUACAGUUAAGUUAAAAGGGUUUAAAAAUUAUGUUUUUCUAUUGUCUUAAUUUUAUAUUUAGUUUUAUUUGUACCCAAGAACUAAAACUGUUCAAACAACUUAAACUAAUAUCUAAUUCUGCAUCAUGCGAUAGCUAUUUCACUUGAAGCAUGCAUAUUUUUAUUUUGUAACCACUGGAGCUUUAUGAUCAAAUAUUUAACCAUUAGUUGUUUUUUUAACCACCCUUUGUUUUGUUUUUCAUAGAAAAUCAAGGAGUCCCGUGUGCAAACAUGGCUGAUACAUUUUGUUGACCAGGCAGACAACCAGGACCUGGAGCUCAGGAAACUGCCUGCACUGCUGAAGAGAUACAGGGUAAAUAACUAGGUCACAGUUUAUUUUUAGAUGCAUUAAACAAUUAUGUUUUUUCUCUCAACUUUAAGGAAACAUUUCAAGUCUUCAGAUAGAAAACUGUUAUCGUAUAGUUAUAGAAUUGUCUUUAAAUCAACUUGGCAUAACUUUUUUUCAAAUGACCCACUGAAUAAUAUUUUAUUUUGGAGACCCAAUGCCAUCUUGUAAAUAAAACAAUGGGUCGAAUGGGGUCAAUCUUGUUAACCCAAAAAGUUGGAGAGGGGAUGACGGACCCCCCUCCCACCAAAAGAAAUUGCAAACCACUUGAUUAACAUUUCAUUUCUCUAAAGAUAGUAGAUUUUAUUGCUUUAAAAAAAUAAGUCAUUUGUCACCUUAAAUCUAUUAAGAGAAUUUCAAAAUCUAUGACAAACGUAGGUUGGACGAGCUGACUGCUCCACCAUUCGCUGGGCCUGCCAAAAGUUGCACAUUAACAAGUUUCCAACAUUCAUGUUGUUCAAAGCAAAAGGAGGGACAGAACUCUACUAUGGAGGUAUGUAUGCUGAAGAGUGAUGCCUUGUGCUAUGUACUUAGCAUUGUUGAUUAAUUUGGUGUUUUUUUAAACAAACCUAAAAAUUAAAUGGGACCGUAUUAGAAAAAAUUUAAUUGGGACUCUGUUAUUUCCCUUUGCAAAAAAAAACAACAAAAAAAACAACUAUCUAUAAGCACAUCUAUGUCGCUGAAGAUUUAUUUUAAAUUGUCCUGAACAAGGCAAAUGUUGUGUAUAUUUAAUAUAAAACUUUGCAUUAGAGACCGACCAAAUUUCGGCUUCGGCUUCGGUUUCGGCGCCGAAAGUGGCCAUUUUAUCACUUUCGGCCAAGUUUCGGUUUCGGCCGAAACUGAAAAGUUAACUUUCGGCUUAAUUUCGGUUUCGGCCGAAAGAGAAAAGUUAACUUUCGGUUUUUCAAGCCAAAGCCGGCUUACUGAAAAGUUAACUUUCGGCUUAAUUUCGGUUUCGGCCGAAAGAGAAAAGUUAACUUUCGGUUUUUCUUCGGUUUCGGCCGAAAUUGACUUAGACUUUCGGCCAUCCGGCCGAAAGUGACUCAGGUUUUCGGUCACAAACUUAGGGACAUUUAAGAACAAAUUAAGCGAUCUUUGAAAACAAACUAAACGAUAUUUAACAACAAACUAAGGGACAUUUAAGAACAAACUAAACGAUCUUUAAAACAAACUAAGCGAUCUUUAAGAACAAACUAAUCGAUCUUAAGGAACAAAAUCAAUUAUCUUUAAGAACAAACUAAGCGAUCUUUAUGAAAAAACUAAGCGAUCUUUAAACAAACUAAGCGAUCUUUAAGAACAAACUAACCGAUCCUUGACUACAAACUUAGCGAUCUUUAACAACAAACUAAACGAUCUUUAACAAUAAACUAAACGAUCUUUAACAACAAACUAAACGAUCUUUAACAACACACUAAACGAUCUUUACAACAAUAAACUAAACGAUCUUUACAAAAACAAACUAAACGAUCUUUAACAACAAACUAAACGAUCUCUAACAACAAACUAAACGAUCUUUAUAAAAACAAACUUAGCGAUCUUUAAGAACAAAUGAAACGAUCAUUAACAAAACUGGACAUCUUUAAGAACAAACUAAGCGAUCUUUAACAACAAACCAGGCGAUCUUUAUGAACAAACUAAUCAAUCUUUAACAACAAACCAGGCGAUCUUUAUGAACAAACUAAACGAUCUUUAACAACAAAUAAAACGAUCAUUAACAAAAACUGGAGAAUCUUUAAGAACAAACUAAGCGAUCUUUAAGAACAAGCUAACCGAUCUUUGACAACAAAUUAAGCGAUCUUUAACAACAAACUAAACGAUCUUUAACAAUAAACUAAAUGAUCUUUAACAACAAACUAAGCGAUCUAUAACAACAAACUAAACGAUCUUUAACAACAAACUAAACGAUCUUUAACAACAAACUAAACUAUCUUUAACAACAAACUAAACGAUCUUUAACAACAAACUAAAUGAUCUUUAACAAUAAACUAAAUGAUCUUUAACAAUAAACUAAACGAUCUUUAACAACAAACUAAACGAUCUUUAAAAACAAACUAAGUGAUCUUUAUAAACAAACUCACCGAUCUUUAACAACAAACUAAACGAUCAAUAACAACCAACUAAACGAUCUUUAAAAACAAAUUAAGCGAUCUUUUAGAACCACAUUUUUUUAGAGACCCUGUUUAAAAAAAUAAUAUUUUGCAUUAAUUCCCCCCCCCCCCCCAAGUUUUGCUUAAUUUUCUUCUACCGUACUAAUUUUUUUUUUAAAAAUGUAAAGCAAUUUAAAUUACUUUUAUAAUAAAAUGGUAAAAUCCAAAGUAUUCAUUAGACCAAGGAUCUCAAUUUCAAAUCGUCGGAAAGGGGGGGGGCAGGAGGUAGUGUCUGAAUGAGAGUGGGCCGCAUCAAGUUAUCCACAAAAAAGCGAUUACAAUUGUUACAAUCUGCUCAACCUUUAUAAAUAACAAUAAAAUCAUUAAGGGUUCUCAAGAACUACUCACUGUUGCCAGAGACCUGGCAUACAAAAAUAUGUAGAAAUAUUUUUUUUUUAAAAGUCAGAAUUAGACUAGUCGGUGAUAUUCGACUGAAACCGUCGCGGAGAGUCACGUUAUAGAUAUGAGAAUGGGGGAAACGGGCCGGCGCAUUUACACUAAACUUUUCUGCGGGCCGCAAAAUAUAGUCUUGCGGGUCACAUAUGGCUCGCGGGCCGCGAGUUUGAGACCCCUAUAUUAGAUGUUUAUUUAUUAAUAUUUACGAUUAUCUAAUUUUUGUUAUAAAAGAAUGUAAAUAUUUAUACUUUCCCACAUCAUUUUCGAUGUAUGCAGAAUGUAUGCGGGAACGAAUUUCAAAAUAUCUUAAUAUUUCAUUUUCGGUUUCGGCCGAAAUUCAUUUUUAAUCUUCGGCCUUUUUUCGGUUUCGGCCGAAAGUCAUUUUUAAAAUUUCGGCCUUUUUCCGGUUUCGGCCGUAAGUCAUUUUAAACUUUCGGCCUAUUUUCGGCUUCGGCCGAAAUCAGAAAAUCACUUUCGGUCGGUCUCUACUUUGCAUAAUUUGACUUCUUAUGGGUAUAUACUUUUUUAUUCUGUUUAAAUUCUGAUUUUAAGAUAGAUCAUAAAAGCAUGUCUUUUGUCUGAAGAUGUGUUCUUUACAAGCAUGUAUUGUCAAAAGGUUUGGUCACAACUUGUCUUUUUGUUCAAACUGUUCCCAACAAAGUAUUUCCAUUAGCUUAAAAAAUAGCUUCCCGAGAGCCUGUUAUCAUUUGGCUUGCUUAAAAUUACUGACCAGCUUUGAUAACUGAAGAGUUAUAACCCCUGCAGACAAACACUGCUGACAAUAGACACUGUUAUUUCCCUAGGCAGAAUAACAGCUCAUGACAUCGCAGCCUUUGUACGUGACAGUGCAGAGACUCCCAUGGAGAACCUCAGCCCUGAAGAUUUCCCCGAGAGAGUCAUGAACGGAAAGGACCCUUGGUUUGUUGACUUCUUCGCACCGGUAUGUUCCACAAGACGGCCCACAAGACAUUGAUUUAUUGGACUAGGAAUGGUUGAGGCAAUAUUUUUUAUCUUUGAAACCAAUAAAAUGGACACACAAUGACACAAGGUCAUUAAUCUGAGAGAAGGAAUAUUUUAUGCCGGGUAAAGUAAUGACGGAAUGAGAGAGCAAUGACGGAAUCAGACCUGUUUACUUUUACGAUUUUGGCGUACAAUGUACGAUUUUGAGAUGUAUACAUUAUAUAUAAUGUAUGUUUAUUUUUUUUACUAUUAAGAUAAUGUAUUGAACAAUUUUUUGAUGUUAUUGUAAGAUUUUAAGAGUUUGGGGGUAAACAUGUCUGCGGAGUGAGAGAGUAAUGACAUAAAAAAUCUAUCUUUAUUUUGAUUUUGAAUCCUUCCAGUGGUGCCCUCCCUGCAUGCGUUUACUGCCAGAGUUCAAGAAAGCAUCUAAAGUUUACAGGUCAAAGGUCAAUUUUGGCACAGUGGAUUGUACUGUUCAUCAAGGAUUAUGUAACACAGUGAGUUUGGGAUUGUAAAUAUUUUAUAUUUAUAUUUUUUACGUCAGACAAGGCAGUCAUUUAGCUUUGUAAAGUUAAUGAUGAAAAUUAUUUUUAAAAACCCAGGACGCUAAACCCCUAGUUACGCCAUUACGCACGCCCCUGAACCAUGUGAUAAUUCCAAACUAAUGCUCAGCCCUUGCUGUGUCAAGUAAUGAUCUGUUGUUUCUUAAAAUUGCACAAUUGGUUAUUCCACAUAUUAAAAGAAUAUGAUUGCAUUAAACAGCUAAUCUUUUGAUUUAAAAAGUUAUAUAUAAUGAAGCUUUAUUUAAAAAUGCAUGGUCCAAACAUAAAUUACCAAUGGCGUACCUUGAGUAAAUCUCACCUGGGGCGAAUUCCCAAAAUUGCACCCUACACACAUCUUACAAAUGUAUUUUUUUAAUGUAUCUUUAAAAGCGCACAAAAAAUGGUUUAUUAAAAAUGCGUACACCAAAAAUAACUUAUCUUUAACGACCCAGAUUUUUUUUUUAUGGAGGGGCAGUCAUUUGAGAACAUAUCUCUGUCCUCUUUACUCUAAACAUUUUACUAUUUUUUAAUGAUAACUUUUUGAAUAAAGGGUUUUUGGCCAAACUUUCCCGGACCUAGGUAUUGGUCAAGAGUUAUGACCAUGUCCAAUAAGGUUGUGAUCCACUGUUUGGGUCUCUUGGUAUAAAGUAGCCAACUAAAAUACAUAUAAACAAACAUAGUGUGACUGAGCUUUAUAUAGCAGAUAAUUUCCUCAACUUUAAAUGAUCUUUAGUUUCAAACAGAAUUCUUGGACAGAAUAACCCAACCCCCACCCCUCCUCAGCCCCACCUCCUGGAGGACCAGGGUACAUGACAUAACUGCUAAACAUGUUUCAUUCUUUUGGUUUCAGUACAACAUCCGCUCUUAUCCAACAACCAUCCUGUACAACCAGAGCAUACCCCAUCAAUACCACGGUCAGCACAGUGUCAACCAUCUGGUGGAGUUCAUUGAGGUAAUGUUCCCAAUGUUGGUCGUGGCUUUCUCGACUUGUUUCAAUUGUAACUAGGAGUAACUGGCUGUUGUCUUCAUGGCUGGUUCUUGAAAGCUCAGGAAAACUGUCUCGAAGAUGACAGGAAAAGAUUUUACAAAUGAAAAUUGUUGCAAUAAGAUAGAUAGAAGACACCUACGAACAAAAAGUUUACAUAGUGAUCAUUCAGCAAUGUUGAAUGUAAAAAAUAUCCAAAAGCGUAAUUAUUUCUAUUUUGUUUCCAUCUUAUCUGGCUGGCAGUCAUCAUUUGUUCAAAAUCUUUAUAGUUUAUUUUAUGAGGUUAUCAUUAUUUACUAGGUUUCUUUUCUUCCUGUGGGGCAAGGCAAUAACAUUGUUUGCCUCUCAGGCAAAGACAGUAAAUUAGCAUCUGUCCACAGAUAGGGAUAAAUGCCCAAACGGAAGGGACAUGAGUUACCAUGUAAAGCAGCUUGCAGACAAUGUUAACUCUGAGUGAAUAACUGAAACCACCAAAGUCAAAAGACAGCAAACGUUUAUGUUGUCUUUGAAAAUGUAGCUCGACCAGUUAAGUUACAGCUGCUGGACCAGUUAAUUAAGUUACAGCUGCUGGACCAGUGAAGUUACAGCUGCUGGACCAGUUAAUUAAGUUACAGCUGCUGGACCAGUUAAGUUACAGCUGGAUUAAAUCAAGUAGGGUUAGAGUUAUAUAAGCAAAACAACAACAACCUAGGUUGUUCUUUAAUUAUCUCCCUUAGGACACCAUCAAGCCACCGGUUAUCUCCCUGGACCAGCAGCUGUUUGAGAGAGACGUUUUGCACAAACAGCACGACCACAUCUGGCUGGUGGACUUCUUUGCCCCGUGGUGUGGACCUUGCCAGCAGUUGUCCCCAGAGUGGAGGAGGCUCGCCAAGGUAAGAGUCAAAUGACUGAGAUAACUGGAGAUCGCCUUUUUUCCCCUCUCAUGAAGAAUCUCCAGGGAGAUAUUGAAAGAAAUGCUCCCUUUAGGUCUUUAAUGUGGACACAAAAAUUCAGAGACAUCACAAUCAUAAGAAUUAAUGUUGAAAUAAAUAUAAUAAUGGGUUCUGUAAUUCUUCCAAUUGUCAAAAAUAAAUAGUUGUAAAAAUAUAUAUAUAUAUAUAUAUACCAUUAUAUUAUAUAUAAUUAUUUUGUAGAUAUUUUUCUUGAGAGUUUCGCAAUUUUUAAAAAGUAAUUUAAAUUAAACCUUGCAUUAUUAAGAUAAUGUAUUACUGUAGUAUAUUCCUCUGCAAACAUUUUUUUUGAGUGGAGAGCAACUUUAAAAAUUAAUUCUGCUGAGAAAAUAUUUAGGGAGAUGCAAGCAAUUAUACCUAUAAGCAUUGUAGAGCGAAUGUACCCAUAAGCAGUGAUGGGCUGGGACAGUGAAUGUACCCAUAAGCAGUGAUGGGCUGGGACAGUGAAUGUGCCCAUAAGCAGUGAUGAGCUGGGACAGUGAAUGUGCCCACAACACUUGAAGUCAUAAUUUGCUUAUGAUACUUAAAAGUUAGAAUUCUCUUUAAAGCAAAUAAUUAAAUCAAGUUGAUCGUUUUUUUAAAGGAAAUUAUAAUAAUGAAAAGAGCUGCAUGUAUUCAUCAAGGCUUAGAUGGCCAACCGCUUCCAUGGUAUAUAUUUUUAAUAUAGUAAUUUUAACUAAAUUUGUGUAAAAGUUCCUUGGUUUUGAUUAUUUUAUUGUGCCCAACUUUACUCAAACCCAAAUCCACAACCAAACUCGCUAGGAUAAUACAGACCUGUUUAACCUCAAACUCUUAAAAUCGUACAAUAUCAUGACUAAUUCUUUAUAUACAUUAUAUUAAUAGUAAAAAAAUAUAUAUAAAAAACAUAAAGUAUAUAUAAAGUAUAAACCUCAAAAUCGUACAUUGUACGCCAAAAUCGUAAGAGUAAACAGGUCUUAUAAUAUAUUUUAUUGGAAAAAUAUCUAUUGAUUUUUUUUUUUUAAAAAAAGCUAUUUUUUGGUCAUUUAAAAAUUAUGCUCAGUAAUUUUCUGUCAUCUUCAUAAUUUUAAUUUUUUGUUUUGCUGUGCACAUAUCAAUUUAUGUCCCCCCCCAAAUAUCUUUUGGGCAGAUGUUUGCUGAGAAGAACAACAUUCAUGUGGCUCAGGUCAACUGUGAUCAGCACAGAGACUUAUGCCGCAGUCAGAGUGUUACCUCAUAUCCAACCAUUCGAAUGUAUCCCAUCGGUCCUGCAAGGGUGGGUCAUCACCAGUAAGUGACCUUGUCAUGUCCAGUCGUUAUUUUAUAGGUCACUACCAGUAAGUGAAAGUAACUUUCAUUGAUGGUCUUGGAAGACCGGAUAUUAAUAAAUGUGUGUUGACAAAUGGAAGUAAUUCAUUCUUUUUUAAAAAUAUGAAAUUGAAAGUAUUGCAAGGUGCAAAGCAAAGCCAUCUCCCUAAAGUAAGCAUCUCCCUAAAUAUUUUCUGUAUAUUUUGUCAUAUCAUUAACUAUUUUGUAAAGAGAAACCCUUAAAAGUGGCAACAUUCUCAGUUGGGCUGGGAAUUCACAUAUGAACUUGGCUUGAAAUGACUGAGAGCAAACAAGAGGCACUAGGACAGAUUGACUGCUAACUCCCACUUGGACUAAAGAUGCUGGAACGGUUAUAAAUAUCACUGUAACUUGUUUUAAUUAUUCCCCUGCCUGGACAAGUGAUAAAUUUACAAAACAGCACCUCUUAGCAAACAAACAUAAAUUAUAAACUACUGUGUAUAUAGUAUAACGCAAUCUACAUAUAUAUUCAUAAUACAAUAUGAAUGUAGAGUUUAAUAAAAAUAUCAAAAUCCUUUAAACUAUUAUAAUAUUUUAAACAAAUUGUGGUUAUCAUGAUACAACUUUGAUAAUAUCAAAUCACAGGGGGCACUACUUACAUUACUGGUGUUAUGCACAGGUAUGAUGCACGCUCGGUCGCCAACUGGGACUAGACCAAGAAGAUUAGGUUUCAUACAUAUUAGUAUAUAUAUCUUUUACCAGAAAGGACUUUUUUUUUACAUGCGCAUUUAAUGGGAGCCCCUAGGUUUACAUAGCAUUUUUUACCCUUAAUUUCUGUAAUUAUAUGUGGUAAUAUACUGUGGGUAUUUCAAGUGGUAAUAUACUGUGGGUAUUUCAAGGGGUAAUAUGCUUGGGUAUUUCAAGUGGUAAUAUACUGUGGGUAUUUCAAAUGGUAAUAUACUGUGGGUAUUUCAAAUGGUAAUAUACUGUGGGUAUUUCAAGUGGUAAUAUACUGUGGAUAUUUCAAGUGGUAAUAUACUGUGGGUAUUUCAAAUGGUAAUAUACUGUGGGUAUUUCAAAUGGUAAUAUACUGUGGGUAUUUCAAGGGGUAAUAUGCUUGGGUAUUUCAAGUGGUAAUAUACUGUGGGUAUUUCAAAUGGUAAUAUACUGUGGGUAUUUCAAAUGGUAAUAUACUGUGGGUAUUUCAAAUGGUAAUAUACUGUGGGUAUUUCAAAUGGUAAUAUACUGUGGGUAUUUCAAAUGGUAAUAUACUGUGGGUAUUUCAAAUGGUAAUAUACUGUGGGUAUUUCAAAUGGUAAUAUACUGUGGGUAUUUCAAAUGGUAAUAUACUGUGGGUAUUUCAAAUGGUAAUAUACUGUGGGUAUUUCAAGGGGUAAUAUGCUUGGGUAUUUCAAGUGGUAAUAUGCUUGGAUAUUUAAGUGGUAAUAUACUGUUGGUAUUUCAAGUGGUAAUAUACUGUGGGUAUUUCAAGUGGUAAUAUACUGUUGGUAUUUCAAGUAGUAAUAUAAUGUGAGUAUUUCAAGUGGUAAUAUGCUUGGGUAUUUCAAGUGGUAAUAUGCUUGGAUAUUUAAGUGGUAAUAUACUGUUGGUAUUUCAAGUGGUAAUAUACUGUGGGUAUUUCAAGUGGUAAUAUACUGUUGGUAUUUCAAGUGCUAAUAUACUGUGGGUAUUUCAAUUGGUAAUAUACUGUGGGUAUUUCAAGUGGUAAUGUACUGUGGGUAUAUCAAGUGGUAAUACACUGUGGGUAUUUCAUAAUGUCAUAAAACUUUGAGUAGGGUCAUUAAGCUUAAGUAGUAUUUUUAUUUGCAUCUAAAGUAUGUUUGAGCAGAUAGUUUAGACUGGGUCUGCCAGCCAUACACUGACACUAACAUGCCUGUUAAUAAGUUUCUCAUGUUUGUUAUAGUGAUCACAAAGGCUGGAACAGGGAUGCAUCAUCUCUAUCAGCUUGGGUCUACAACUUCCUGCCCAGCAAGGUUGUCACAUUGACCAGAGAAUCUUUCAGGAAGGCCGUCUUACAAAGCCGGGAGCCAUGGGUCAUUGACUUCUACGCCUCUUGGUGCGGGCAUUGCCAGGUUUUCAAGCCUCAGUUUGAACAAGUUGCAGAGGUGAGCUAAGCUGGGCACUCAACAAUUCGUAGCAAAAUUACUUUAUUUUACACUCAGUUUUUGUCCAUUCAAUCCAUAACUUGGAUAUUGUCAUUGAUAUUGAUUGUUGCAAGCCUAGAACACCCCUAAAAGAUAGGGAACAGAUUGCUUUGACUAGAGGUGCAAGCCUAGAACAACCCUAAAGAUAGGGAACAGAUUGCUUUGACUAGAGGUGCAAGCCUAGAACACCCCUAAAAGAUAGGAAACAGAUUGCUUUGACUAGAGGUGCAAGCCUAGAACACCCCUAAAAGAUAGGGAACAGAUUGCUUUGACUAGAGGUGCAAGCCUAGAACACCCCUAAAAGAUAGGGAACAGAUUGCUUUGACUAAAGGUGCAAGCCUAGAACACCCCUAAAAGAUAGGGAACAGAUUGCUUUGACUAGAGGUGCAAUCCUAGAACACCCCUAAAAGAUAGGGGACAGAUUGCUUUGACUAGAGGUGCAAGCCUAGAACACCCCUAAAAGAUAGGGAACAGAUUGCUUUGACUAGUUAAAAUACUGAGAUCAUAAGAAGUAAAGGAAUAAGAUGUGGAUCUUCAAAGAGGUUCAUUAUGAUUCCAUGUUGUCAUAGUCGACCCGCUCAUGCAUACAUAGCAUUUAUGUGAAGUAUUAUUACCUUUAAAAAAUUAUGUCCGUUGCCUUAAAUUGCACAAUUUAGAUUUAACUAAUCAAAACUCAUAAUUCUCUACCAACUUAAAACAAGCGUAUGCCUUCCAAUGGAUUAGGCAUGGCAACUGUUUAUUCAAAUUGAAAUGAUCCUCCAAAUGUUGUAUCUCUCAGCGUUAGGAAUUAUUGGAAUAAUGUGUUCAUUUCUCACACCUUUGCAAUAUUGUGCGAGAUAAACAAUGUCCUAUCUCAAAAUACUUCCAGGGAUCCAGGGACUUGUCCAGUACUGCACUUGUUUUCUGUACCAAUGCGCCCGUCAGGGUGAGCGUAGAAUUUAGAGAACUAAUUGAUCCACACCCCUGGGACCUUGACACCACAUGGCACGAAUAUCAUGUUCUCUCCCUCACUUGUUAAAUCUUUUCUCUACGCCCCCCCCCCCCAUUACAACCAAUUGCUAUGGAUUUAAUUUUCCUCUCUUCCAUCCCCACUUUGUCUGUACUCUCUGUUACCUACUAAUGGUCUACCCCUGGGACCUUGCCACCACAUGGCACGAAUAUCAUGUCCCCCCCCCCCCUUGUUAAUUCUUUUCUCUCCCCCCCCCCCCCCAUUACAACCAAUUGCUAUGGAUUUAAUUUUCCUCUCUUCCAUCCCCACUUUGUCUGUACUCUCUGUUACCUACUAAUGGUCUACUAUAUUAACUCUGUUACCUACUAAUGGUCUACUAUAUUAACUCUGUUACCUACUAAUGGUCUACUAUAUUAACUCUGUUACCUACUAAUGGUCUACUACAGGCCUGCACAACUUUGUGGCCCAGAAGUAACGAAACAUUCUUUAUUCUUAUUAUUUUCUUAAUAGCUUUCGCCGCCUCUCCUAUUUACUUUUGGCCCUCACAAGCGCUGUCCUAUUUUCUUUUGGCCCGCACAAGUUUUUCAUAAAGUUUUACGGUCGGCCUGACAUUUUGAGUUGUGCAGGCCUGGUCUACUGCAUGCCUCUUGCUGUCCUCUGGGGUACACCAGUCCAGCCAAGUGUUCAUCUUAAUGGGUUUCAAUGUCUUCCUCCUCUGUGUUUGCUGAAGAAGGAUUCUAGCAGAAAGUUCAUUGUAUUCUUGCCUCUUUUUUCUCUCCAGGUUUUCCCAUACCUUAGUUCACAUAAUUCCACCUACCUAAACCUGGCUGCAGCCCCACCCAUCCACACUUCUUAUUAUACAUUUAUCACAGCAUCAUCCAGCUAUCCCUCCCUGUAGCAACAAAAGCCCAUGUAUGGCUUUCGCCUACCUCAACACUUCCUUACACUCUUUUCCAUGCUUGGAUUCCCAGCUGCUGUAGAUAUUUUUCCACAUAAUCCAUCACUCUAAGCCUAGGUCUGCCUUUGACCUGUUUUGCUCUGGGGUUUUGGUGAUGUACCCUCUUCACUCCUCUGUCAUUUUGGCAUUCUUUCUAAGUGUCCUGUCCAGCGUAGCCUACCCUUUUUUAUUUCGGCUACUAGCGUGGGAUCCUGAUACUGACCGUACAAUUCCUGAUUGGUUCGUAUUCUCCAUCCAUAUUCAUCCUUUGUUAUCACUGCAUCACCUGAUGCAUUUUCAAUUAUUUUUUUUUCCACAGCAAUUAGAUGGCAUAGCAAAAGCUGGGAAAGUGGAUUGUGAAAGUGAAGGUGAUAUCUGUCACCUGGCUGGAAUCAAUUCUUACCCCACCGUCAGGUUUUAUAAAGGAGUAAUGGGACCUAAUGAACAUCAGGUUAGGUAACUAUAGAUGUCAGGUUUUAUAAAGGAGUAAUGGGACCUAAUGAACAUCAGGUUAGGUAACUAUAGAUGUCAGGUUUUAUAAAGGAGUAAUGGGACAUAAUGAACAUCAGGUUAGGUAACUAUAGAUGUCAGGUUUUAUAAAGGAGUAAUGGGACAUAAUAAACAUCAGGUUAGUUAACUAUAGAUGUCAGGUUUUAUAAAGGAGUAAUGGGACAUAAUGAACAUCAGGUUAGGUAACUCUAGACAUGGGGGGGGGGGGGGGGUGUGUGUGUAAACCAUCUAUGCAUUUUCAGUAACCUUUUAAGUUGUCAAUGCAAGUCACAAAUAAAAAUGGAAGUUUAAAGACCAGUGUGAGUUGAAAUAAUUGUCACAUGUAAAUAUAUGGCACCACAUAAUUAUCACAUGUAAAUACAUGGCACUACAUAAUUGUCACAUAUAAAUAUAUAGCACCACAUAAUCGUCACAUAUAAAUAUAUGGCAACACAGCUUUUUAUUAUUUUAGGAAAGUAAAUGUUCAUUUAAUUCAAUUUCAUUAUCAAAUAAAACAUUUAGUGGUUGCCUUUAGAUAUCUAUAUGUUCAAUGGAUUCCUAUGGAUAUCUAUUUGUUCAAUGGAUUCCUAGAGAUAUCUAUAUGUUCAAUGGAUUCCUAUAGAUAUCUAUUUGUUCAAUGGAUUCCUAUAGAUAUCUAUAUGUUCAAUGGAUUCCUAUAGAUAUCUAUAUGUUCAAUGGAUUCCUAUAGAUAUCUAUAUGUUCAAUAGAUUCCUACAGAUAUAUAUGUUCAAUGGUUUACCUAUAGAUAUCUAUAUGUUCUAUUUAUACUCAAAAGACAUAAACCAGUUAAACUUUGAGCCUUGUUUCAUAAGUUUGUAACAAUGCUCUUACAUUAACUGGACUUGAUAGCAGAUAACAGUAGCCUUAUCUUUGGUUGACUUGGCACAGAGUAAACACUGAUUUCUUGACAAACUAAGCCUUUUACAUGACUGGCUGUUGCUAUGUUCACAGAGCUCCUAUGGAUGGACCAUUGACAGCCAAAGUGCUGACUACAUUGUUAAAUAUGUCAAAAAUAAUGUCCCCAAAACUAAUAAGGUACGUUAAAGUCUGUUACUCUUCUGAUCUCACUUUUCUGAUCUCACCGUCCGUCUUCUGAUCUCACUGUCAGUGUUUGGAUCCUGCACUUCCUCUUAUUUGCUCUUAGCUGGAAUUCCCUCCUGAAUCUCUUUCAGGGAUGGAUGUUUUGUUUUUUAAAUCAAACUUUUUAUGUCGAGUCGUUGAAGCCAAUCUGGGGACAGUUUUAGUUUUAUGGAUGUUUGAAAUAAACUAUUUCAACUGAAGAACUCCAUCAACUGUUUUGGUUUUUUUUUUUCUUCGCUUAUUGAGUUUCAGUUUGUACAGAGGUUCUAACUUUGAAUAGAUGUUGUCAGAUUGUACAUCCCAUGAAGGCCAUAACCCACGAACUGCCAAUUGUAUGUUUCUGUACUGUGCAAGCAAUUUAGACCUUUUUGGGUGCCUUUGAAAAAUCACAUGCAAAUACUAUAGCUAGGCCCCAUAAAGUAUGUGUUUAUUGAAAUUAUACUGAGUGGGGAAUCAUACUGGCUAUUUUUUAAUGAUCUAUUAUACUCGUUUACAGUGACCUUAACCUUCGAGUAGCCAAGAAUAAAGAAAAUAAUGAACAUUUUUCUUUUCAAGCACCUCUAACUACAUUUUUUUAAAGGCAUAUUAUUAUAAUUUUUAUAUAGUAUGAUAGCAUUUUUAUGUAUCUUUCAGAAAAUGUAUUAUUUGUAUAAGUUUUAGUUACUAAUAGAUUUUUUUUUUUUCAUUUCUUCUGAUACCUAUAAUAACGUUCAGGUAACCAAGCAGGAUAUAAACAAUAUAAACAUUACUAAAUAGCAAGAAACAGAUCAAAUGUAAAAAGCUGCUAUAAAAAUAUUUAAUCCAUAAAAUGAAAUAUAAGAAAACAUAUAGAACAACAUCCAAUUAUUUUUUGUUGGUACAAAAUCAUCUGCUUCAUAGUUUUGAACGAGUCCUGUUGUUGGGGCAACGACCUACUCGUACUCGUUCUAGGCCUAGGUCUAAAUCGUCUGAACUUUCGCUUUCUGACCCACUAGAAAACUAAUCGGAGUUAUCAUUAUCUUUGUGUGUGAUCAGAAAAUCAUCUUCCGAAUCACUCAAGUCAUUAACUAAAAAGAAUUAUCAAAAAGAUUCUGAACUCAUUUAUUUUGUAAGCCAGAUGGUCCAGCUGUGGCCUCAGCCACUUCGCGAAAAUCUACUUACACAAAUUUGCUUGAUAAAGAUUGUUGAAAAAAAUAACUUCAAAGUUUUAAAAUUAAGGACACAGAAGAGCAAAAAAACGGAAGUUUAUUUAUUAAUAAAAGGAAUUAGCUUUAUUUGGUGUAAAUAUUGGACUGCAAAUUAUUCUUUCAACGCAAUUUUUAUCUACCGACACAGUUUGGGAAGAGAAAAUCGGGAGACUUUAUUGGGCUGAGUUCAUGGGUUAAGAAUGUUGCACCACUAUUCAGAGUAUUCAGUUCAACUGAUGUGUCGUACCUCUUCUGCUUGUUCUGACUGUACUGUACUGCAAUAACCUUCUAUGAAAUAUUAACUUGUUUCUUAGUAUAUUUUUUAACUUUUUGCCUUUUCUUUCUGAUUCUCAGGUAAAAGAUGAGUUAUGAUUUUCAGCUAGUCGGCCUAGAACCCCGAAAACUUGCCUUACACUCUACUCAUCCAACAUUUCACUUGACCAUUUCCAUCAUCAUGCUACACUGCUGCGUUUGUGGACAUCAUUUGGUCCAGGUAACACCAUCGCCGACCAUCUACAUUUUACUUCUGGCUUACAUUUACCUUUGUUGAUAGAUCUCCUCUUUUGGAAGAAUUUGGCCAGUUGCUGUAAAUAAUCGUCAAGUUUAUUUAUAGUAGUAGUAGUAGUAGAAGGGCUGGGGGGG